CAGUCUGCACCAUAUCUCCGCACUUCCCGGGAUUUUGCAACAUAGGAUAGGGUCGUAACCUCUGCGCCACUAUGAACCAAACAUUCGAAAAAGAUUGGGAAAACACGGUUGUGCCUAAUUUACUUCAAAGACGCGUUAUUAACAGGACUCUACAGUUCAUAACGCACGACUGAGAAAUUAAAACAUUUUAAAAAUCACAAAAGUGCAGCCUUACAGGCUACCGUAUACGUAGUUUUUAGGGCAGCCAAUCAAAAAUUACUUGCGGCUUCACCUUUACCCGAGUCCAGCCAAUCGUAACGCUGGCUGCUGAAGUCGAGGAAGCGAUGUGUCUGCAGAACCGGGUAGAUUGGCACGUAAACAAACGAAGAGCCGCGAUUCGUGGGUUACACUGUAGCUGCGGCUGGAUCCGUUCGUUGAAGACAGGUGCUGGGCAAGUGAAAAGGACCGAAAGUGAAGGACAAGCACUGGGCAGGGUUUGCCAAAAUGGCUGCACAGUCAACAGAAGACCAGGCAGAAAGGAUUUUGGAGGGUUCAGGGCUGCAGGUCUCCACUCUUAUCUCUGCAUCUGGAGAUGUCCAGCCCGUGGCAAUAAGAAAAACUGUUUGUUAUAUCGUGAGUGCUGUUAUCCUUAGCCACAAGAAUGAGGUGCUCAUGGUGCAAGAGGCAAAGGACGAUUGUUAUCAGGAGUGGUACUUGCCUGCUGGGAGAAUGGAAUUGAACGAAUCCAUUGUGGAGGGCAUGAGGAGAGAGGUGAAAGAGGAAACUGGUUUUGAAUGCUCACCAAUCACAUUGCUGAUGGUUGAGGAGCACGGCCCACGCUGGAUACGCUUCACCUUCCUUGCAGAAAUAACAGGUGGCUCCAUGAAGACCCUUGAAAAUUCAGAUUCAGAAUCCCUCCAGGCUCAGUGGUGGGACAGAAUUUCUCCUCUCUCAUUGCGAGCAAAGGAUAUUCUUCCUCUAAUUGAUUCUGGUGUAAAGUAUAAAGAGAAGCCCUGGUUUCCUCCAACCUUGCCCACAGAGCUGCCAUGCUGUGCUGUGUGCCAAAGGUUAAUGGUCACAUUUCUCGACAGCGACAGCAACCUGUGGUUAUUACUUGGACUGAGUGAUGGUUCCCAUCUUCCAAUUACAGUGUCUAAUGAUCGGUGCCAUUCCAUCAUGGCAGCCCCUUUCAGGCUAUUAAAAGAAUGUUUAAAACUUCCUGAGGUCAAGGUUAAAACACUGGGAGUUCUUGGUCUGCAGCAUCAUGGGAAACACCCUGGGAACACUGAUGGCAUUUGUUUCAAUAUGUUGGUGUCUGUUGAGCAUGCUGACAGAGAGGUAAACUCUAGUACUCCUCCAGUGUUGCUCAGUGACAAAUAUCAGUGGUGGAAAGUUGACAGGCAAUGCCUAAAAGACAAGUUACUGGAAAGAUGUGGCUCUAAUGCUGCUGUGCCUAUUUAUUCAAUAUAAAUAAAGGUGCAAGAAAACUGAUUUAUUGUAAAAAGAUUAGGAAAGAUAAGGCAGUACUUUAUUGAUCAGCAACAACACAGAACAUAAAGUAAAAACAAAGUGCAAACUACUACAUAAGUGCAAGACUCAGAAUUGUACACACAUAUGCCAAGUGUUCCUUAAAGUAAUGCUGUCCCUGUGCCAAUGUGUCUGUUUAACAGGUAAGCAUGGAUAGAGGAGGUAUUGUACAGACUGAUGGCUGGGAGCAAAGAAAGAGCCUCAGUAGCUCCACUUAUCAAUGACUUUUCACAGCAGUCAAGUGAUUAUUCAAAACAAACAGGAUACAUUGUUUUUUAGAUUACCAAGAUUAUCUGUACAGGGAAACUGUUUGAUUUUACUUACUACAAAAUGGCCAGUACCAGAAUAUGUGGGUGUCCACAAAGCUAGAAUGACAUCACAUUGAAAAAUCAUGAAGUAGUAGUAAGUAAUAACCUGACAAUUUCAAGAUUUACUGCACCAGAAUUGAAAACAUGAUAAAGACUCAAUAAGAGAUUGACCUCACACAGUACAUAUAUGAAAUCGAAAUCCCAAUGAUGACUAGAGACAGAAGAAAAUAUUCACAACAAUGUAGAAAAGCUCAAAAUAUAAAUAUGCUUAAAUAUGAUUUGAUAGGGCAGUGAGGCAUUUCAAGCUUGAUAUAUUUAAAAUUAAUGUAUAUAUUUGGCACUUCACACAUAUGGCCUCGUCUUCUCAGAUGUUUUUCAGCAACUUUAAUUUGCUGCAGAUUGGUUUAUUUGUAACUGCAUUUUUAAGAGGUGUGGCUAUUCGGAAAAUACUAAAUAUAUAGUAUGGAAACUAUAAAUGGAAUCUGCCACAAUUUGCUUUUAGUUAAAUGACAAUGCUCAUCUCAAACAUUCUGCCCACACUAUUGCAUCUCUCUAGGUGUUGAGCUUUGAUUGUUCACAUUUGUCACUCAGUCCUAACUUUUCUUAAUCAAGUUAUGCAUUUUUUAGCAAGCAUUGCCCACUCUGGCAAUAUUUCUUUUCUGAAGCUGAUAAAAGCUUGUGUAUGAUGCUUUGCUUUGAAAAAUCAUAGACCUCUAUUGAAAAGUAACACACUUGAAGAGUUCUUUAUGGUUUAUUGCAAUAAAUGAAUAUAUGUAUUUCAAAUAAUUUUUCCUUUGCCAGUUUUAGUUGUACAGUAAUCCCUCCUCUGUCGCGGGGGUUGCGUUCCAGACCCCCCCGCGAAAGGUGAAAAUCCGCGAAGUAGAAACCAUAUGUUUAUAUGCUUAUUUUUAUAUUGUCAUGCUUGGGUCACAGAUUUGCACAGAAACACAGGAGGUUGUAGAGAGACAGGAACUUUAUUCAAACACUGCAAACAAACAUUUGUCUCUUUUUCAAAAGUUUAAACUGUGCUCCAUAACAAGACAGAGAUGACAGUUCCGUCUCACAAUUAAAAGAAUGCAAACAUAUCUUCCUCUUCAAAGGAGUGCCCCUCAGGAGCAGAUAAUGUCAGAGUAGAUAGAGAGAAAAAAGCAAACAAUCAGAAAUCAAUAGGGCUGUUUGGGCUUUUAAGUAUUCGAAGCACCGCCGGACAAUACAGCUGCUAGGAAGGGAGCAAAGUAAAGGUAGCCUUUCAGCAUUUUUUUAGAGGAGCGUCCGUAUCGUCUAGUGGUGCGAACAGCCCCCCCUGCUCACACCCCCUCCGUCAGGAGCACAGAAUGUCAGUGAGAGAGAGAGAGAGACAGAGAAAAACAAACAAUUAAAAAUCAAUACGUGCCGUUCGAGCAUUUAAGUAUGCGAAGCACCAUGCAGGAAGCAUAUCCCUUGACAAAACAGCCACACUGAGGAAUCAUGUACCAGAAAUUAAAAGACCCAUUGUCCGCAGAAAUCUGCGAACCAGCAAAAAAUCCGCGAUAUAUAUUUAAAUAUGCUUACAUAUAAAAUCUGCGAUAGAGUGAAGCCGCGAAAGUCGAAGCGCGAUAUAGCGAGGGAUUACUGUAUAGGCUGCAACAUUCCUAAUUUUUAUUUUGCUGAUUAUUAAGAUUUAAAUAUGAGAUGCCCAAAAUGUGCUGCUCUUAUUUUGUGGGAACCAACACUCUUUAAGUGCUGUUUAAUAUGAUGGAUUAUUAAAUUGAGGUCUACUGAGACCUCACUCUCUUCCUACUGAUGGCCUAAACUUUUUCUUAUUUGUGUUCUAUGUCACUAAUUCUUCUGAAUGUCACUAAUUGAGGUGUUUUCCCUUCCCCCCCUUAAUUUCUUCUCUUGUUUUUGAGAACUUGGGUUUCAUUUCUGCUUUACACUUGAUGCUGUCAGGUUAUUCUCUGGUGGAUAAGGAGAAUUUGAUCAUGAACAAAUGGAUGGAUGGGCAGCAUUAUUUGUUAAAAACAAAUACAUUUCUGGCCUGACCUGCAAUCAUUUCGACAAGCCUAGAAUGGAAUCAUGCAGCCAGCUCAUGUUUUAGACUCUGAUGCCAAUACAGAGUUGUGAUUUGUAGCAAUGUUUAAGCCAACGCUAAAUGUUUAAUAAUCUAGUAGAUACACUUUGUAUGUAGAUGCACUUUCAAAGAUGGUAGCCAGUUAAGUUUCCUGUCCAUGUUCUUUUUUUCUUUUAAUUUCUGAUUAUGAGCAAUGUGCACUAUUAUAGGUUCAUCUUCAUGGACAGACUAAUGAAUGAAUAAACCCUAUUUGUGCCUGAAUUGCUUAAAUAAACAUGUCACCUUAAUACAUUCUCAAGUGCUUUCUGUAAUGGAUACAAUUUUAAAUUAUUAAAUUUAAAAGAUACUUGUAUUGCAUAAUAGUAAGUAGGGCUCACAGGGUAUUAUAGCUCAGUCCCUAAAGAUAACAUUGCUGAUGAGCAAAAUUGAAUAUUGCAUAGCUUAAGAUAGGUGUGUGCCAUUGCAUUUACUUUUCUAAACUAUUGUAAGUCCUGAAAUGCUAUCCAUCCAUCUAAUUUCUGGACUUACAAGUCAUGGGAUCCAAAGCCUAUCCAUCACAAGCAUCAAGCACAACGUUAAGAACAUGGCAACAAUAACAUACA